AUGUCUGAAAAAUCGACUACUGGCAAAUCCGACAAGAGUCAUCCGCGUCAAAGAACACGAUCUUCAAAAGCGGGUCUUCAGUUUCCUGUGGGUCGCGUCCAUCGCUUCCUUCGUGAGGGUCAUUUUGCACCUCGAGUCGCUGAAGGAUCAGCCAUUUAUCUUACGGCAGUACUUGAAUACUUGACAGCCGAAGUACUCGAGUUGGCGGGUAAUGCUGCCAUUGAUAACAGAAAGACACGCAUCAACCCACGCCAUCUGCAGCUGGCUAUUCGAAAUGACGAGGAGCUCCAUAUUCUUCUUGAUGAUGUCACUAUUGCUCAAGGUGGUGUGCUGCCCAACAUCCAUACCAGCUUGCUUCCCAAAAAACACCUACAUGACAUGCAAACGCGAAUGAAGCAAUCACCAGAAUUGUAA